AUGCCCAAGCCCACCACCGUCAAGAUCACCGUCUGGUAUUGCGUAACACAACUGCUCCUCUGGCCCGCUCAACUGCAAGAUCGAUGCCUACUGUCCCUACUGCUACCACCAGAAGUGCUCUGGGUGCACGACAACGACGAUCAGGACUCCGACUGGUCGAUAAGUGAGUCUGAGUCUCUUAACAUGGCACUGGCCUUGAAGACGACCCCACCCAUGACUGGCGCCUUGGACGAAACGUCCUUCAACUUCAACGCCAGCAGUCGCAAUAGCGACUAA